AUGCAGGCAAUCCGGCAACCGAUGCGCUCCGCGCUCUCCAAGGCCGCUACCAGGCAGUAUGCGACCGCUUCCUCGCAAUAUGCCGAGACGAUUAAGAACCUUCGCAUCAACGGCGACACCAAGGUCCUGUUCCAGGGCUUCACUGGAAAGCAGGGAACCUUCCACGCACAACAGGCGAUUGAAUACGGCACAAAGGUUGUUGGAGGCACAAACCCCAAGAAGGCGGGCACUGAGCACCUUGGACUGCCCGUCUUCAAGAACGUAGCAGAGGCCAUGAAGGAGACUCAAGCUUCCGCUACUGCUAUCUUCGUUCCCCCACCGGUCGCUGCCGCCAGUAUCGAGGAGGCCAUCAACGCAGAGGUUCCCCUGAUUGUGACUAUCACUGAGGGUAUCCCACAGCACGACAUGGUUCGUAUCACAGAUAUGCUCAAGACCCAGAGCAAGUCUCGCAUGGUUGGCCCCAACUGCCCUGGUAUCAUCGCUCCCGGCCAAUGCAAGAUCGGUAUCAUGCCAGGCUUCAUUCACAAGCGUGGCCGCGUCGGUAUUGUCUCCCGUUCCGGAACUCUCACAUACGAAGCCGUCAACCAGACUACCCAAGCAGGCCUUGGCCAGUCGCUGGUCGUCGGUAUCGGUGGUGACCCCUUCUCUGGAACCAACUUCAUCGACUGCCUGAACGUCUUCUUGAAGGACGAAGAGACUGAUGGUAUCAUCAUGAUUGGUGAGAUUGGCGGUACCGCUGAGGAGGAUGCUGCAGACUUCUUGAAGGAGUACAACACUGCCAACAAGCCCGUUGUCAGUUUCAUUGCUGGUAUUUCCGCGCCCCCAGGCAGGAGGAUGGGUCACGCCGGUGCUAUUGUCAGCGGUGGAAAGGGCGAUGCCAACUCCAAGAUCACCGCGCUUGAGGCUGCUGGUGUCACCGUUGAGCGCUCCCCCGCCAAGCUUGGUUCAUCUCUCUACGACCAGCACAGCAACAUGUCCAAGACAAAGACUAAGCGCGCUCGCCGUGAGCUCAAACGUGAAGGAGACAAGAAGAUCUUCGCGAUCCACAAAAAGAACGCGAAAGCAGCCGCCGAAGCGAAACCUACUGCGAAAACACCUGCGAAGAAGAAACACGGGAUGACGAGCGCACCAGUCGCAGCAGCAACUACAUCUACGAUCACAUCUGCCCACGUACAGCCCUCGCAGAAGCGCAAAAUGCCAUUCGGCGAAUACGACCACAUCCUCCUUGUCGGUGAAGGCGACUUCAGUUUUACCCGCUCCUUAGCCAUAGAACACGGCUGCGCAAAUGUAACCGCAACAAGUUACGACGACGAAGAAGACCUCCACAGCAAAUACCCUACCUUCAAAGAGAUACAAGCCGAACUUUCGGCACUCUCACCGCCGGUACCUCUCCACCACGACAUCGAUGCAACCAAACUUUCAAGCUAUAAACAGUUACGGUGUAAACGUGAUGAGGAUGACGACGACCAGGGCUGGGAUAUAAUCACAUUCAUGUUUCCCCAUACAGGCGGUCUUUCCACCGACGUGAACAGACAAGUCCGCGCGAACCAAGCUCUGCUAGUAUCUUUCUUCAAGUCUUGUCUCGACACGUCGAACCAGAAACGGCGGUUACAAAUCUUGCGAAACCAAGAAGCAGAUAAGGAGAAACGUGCUACUCCGCAGCAGACAAUAAGGCCCUUCCUACGCAUGGGCGGAAAAAUCAUUGUCACGCUGUUCGAGGGCGAACCGUACACAUUGUGGAACAUCCGCGAUCUGGCGAGACAUGCUGGGUUGAGGGUGGUGGAGAGCUGGAAGUUUGAUUGGGAGCAGUAUCCCGGCUACCAUCAUGUCAGGACUUUGGGGGCCAUGGAGACCGGAUGGAAGGGCGAGGACAGAGCUGCACGCAUGUUCAUGUUUGAGAAAAUUCCGCUUGUGGCUGAUAGCGAUGAAGAGAAGGAGAUGGCGCGGCAGGCAAAGGUGGGCAGGGGUGGACGGUUACCGAGCCAGAAAGAAGCAAUGAAGAGAGCAAUGGAAGGAGAAGAGGAAGAGGAAGACGACGAUGAGUAA